CAGAUACUGUACCCAACCGUAAACUUAAGAGUUCAUUUUCCCAAACCUGGCAGCGCUGCUUCAAUAGGUGCCCAGUCAAGAGAUUUUCGAUCUGGAACUAUCUCGUUCACUUAUUCCCAGUCUCUCUCUCUUAUCUUAUGUCUUGACGGCGAGUGCUGCGACUGGCCAUGGCGUGGCUCUCCAAUCCUAUCGCUUUCACGCGUGGGCCCGUCACCUUCAUCACCACCAUCAUAUAUCUCGCAAUUAUCGUUGCUCUAAUCGUUGUACAGACUGGCGUACCAUCUCCUCCAGACACGCCUACGCCGAUACACGGUAUCAAUUUGACAGAGGCAUGGCUAGAUCUACAGCUGCUCUCCGGGUCUCACCAUCCCUACAACUCUCAUCGCAACGAUGCGGUCCACGACUGGCUGCUGUCCAGAGUCGAGUCCAUUCUGAAAGAGAACCAUGCACUUUCCUCUACCAAUUCUUCGAGUGCAUACAUUUUUGAAGACAACCUCUCCAACCUCACUUUCUCCUCGGAACGCAUACCUCGAGCUGCAGGAAUCAGUGUCUACUUCGAAGGGACCAAUAUCAUCGUCUACAUACCUGGCACAGAAGAUGAUAAGAAACAGUGGUGGCUGGCUCCCAAUGGCAAACCUUCUGCCCGGAAUGCUGUCCUCGUGAAUGCCCACUAUGACAGCGUGUCUACGGGCUUUGGGGCCACAGAUGAUGGUGUUGGUGUGGUCUGCGUCCUUCAGCUGGCAAGAUAUUUCACUACAUCAGGAAACCAGCCCAAGAAUGGUGUCGUGCUGCUGCUGAAUAAUGGCGAAGAAGACUUCUUGAAUGGUGCCAACGUCUUUGGCCAGCAUCCCAUGUCCAAGCUCGUAAGCACCUUCCUCAAUCUCGAGGGUGCUGGAGCUGGGGGAAGAGCUGCCCUCUUCCGGAGCACUGACGAUGCUGUCACGAAAGCAUAUGCUCACUCCAAAUAUCCUUUCGGUUCCUCGACUACUGCGGACGGCUUCAACCGUGGCCUCAUCCGCAGUCAGACCGACUAUGUGGUAUUCAAUGGAAAGCUAGGCUAUCGCGGACUGGACGUCGCCUUCAUUGGUCCCCGAGCACGUUAUCACACGGAUCAAGAUGACUCUCGACAUACUGGAAAAGGAUCUCUCUGGCAUAUGCUUUCAACUGCAGUGGCAACAACUCGAGCACUGACCGCUGCUUCAUUGACGACCAAUCUAGAUCCAGGACAUACUCCCGGAAGUGCUGCUCUAUGGUUCGAUGUUUUCGGUCGAGCGUUCGCCGUCUUGCAGGCACAUACCUUUUUCGCUCUUGCAGUUGCCCUCCUGGUGGCUGGACCGAUCAUUCUCUUCCUAACCCUGGUCUUGCUGUAUCGCUUCGACAAGUUCUACUUUUUCUCGGGUUCUAGAGCAUAUCACAUGGCAGAUGGGGAUGACAAUAUCCUACUGUACGGCUGGCGUGGCUUCUUCCGUUUCCCUCUCAUAUUGCUGGUCGCCUGCGCAACCCCCAUCGCGCUGGCUUUACUCCUCUCCAAGGAGAAUCAAUACAUCGCUCACAGUAGUGAGUGGGCAGUGUGGAGUAUGAUGAUCUCGUCAUUCGUCUUCGUCGCCUGGUUCCUGUGCCGGACUGCAGACUUCGCCCGACCAUCUUCGCUCACCAGGGCAUACGGGCUGUCAUGGAUGUGGGCCGGUUGGUGGGCUUUACUGGUCGCGGCCACAGUAUUUGAAGAGCAUUUUCACUUGACCGGCACAUAUUUUGUCCUCAUCUACACCGCUAGCGUCUUCUUCGCGACCUGGUUCGCUUACCUCGAGCUCUUCUCCCUCCCGAAGAAGUCUACCUACUGUCGUGGCAAAGUAGGUGAGGAACACUUCUCAUCGCGCUCGCGCAGUACCUCGAGAUUACGUCAAGAUACCCCUGUCUCGGCACCGGAAGACGGCGGUGACGAGCCUGAGGAGGACGACGACGAAAACGAACCCACGGAGAGAUCCAGCUUGUUGAGGAGUCGAGGACGCUCGACCUUCAAAGGAUACCGACCUGAAGAGGCUGAAGCCACUCCCAGUAUCAAAACCAAAGAAGAGACAAGUGAUCAUCACCAUGAGGAGCAGGAAUGGAGCAAGUCGCAGUGGACAUGGCUGUGGCUGCUACAAAUGCUCCUGCUCAUUCCCAUCAACCUCAUCGUUGUGGGUCAGAUUGGAUUCUUGACGACUGAAGGUCUCCACCAAACUGGUCAGGAUGGUAGCUCGACGUUCCUGGUCUAUAUCAUGAUCGCUGCCAGCACGAUACUGCUUUGUUCGCCAUUGGUCCCUAUCUUACACCGCUUUACCUGGCAAGUGCCGGUAUUUCUACUUUUUGUGUUGAUUGGCACAUUGAUCUACAACCUCACCGCAUUCCCAUUUUCGCCGGGAAACAGAGUAAAGCUGUUCUUCCUGCAGCAGGUCGACCUCGAUGCAGGGAAUAAUUCAGUCUCAUUGCAGGGCGUCCCCGGGUUCGUUCGACAGGCCAUUGCCAGCAUACCCAGUGCUGCUGGUCAGGAGCUCCAAUGCAAUGCCACUGGGCCAGGAUACAAUCUGGAAAGGUGCUCUUGGUCUGGACUUCCACCAAACGUCGCGAAGCCGAACUCUGCGACUCCACCCGAGAAACAAUACAAGAGCUGGUUGAACUUCAAUGUGACCAGACUUAAUGAUUCUGAGGAGAACAAAGCCCGUUUCGUGCUCUAUGGCAGAAACACCAGAGCGUGUAAGCUCGUGUUUGACUCACCCAUCAGCGCCUUUCAGGUCAACGGCCGAGCUCCUCGGGAUAAGAGAUUCCUCCCAGUCCCCGAAGCCGGGAGUAAUGAAGUGCGUCUUUGGUCAAGGACCUGGGACCGUGCAUGGACGGUCGAUGUGUCGUGGCUUAAUCCUGAGGAGGAUGGCCCGCCGAAAAAGUCCAACGAGACAUUGACCGGGAAGGUGGUCUGUCUCUGGAGCGAUGUGAAUCAAGUGGGACUGAUUCCAGCUUUCGAUGAGGCCAAGCACUUUCUACCGAACUGGGUGGCGAUCACGAAGGCAGAGGACGGACUGGUUGAAGGAUAUAAACGCUUCUCCUUCUAAUGAGCCCUGCAUCGUCGGAGUCGAGCAUGUACAUUGUGCAGUGUGUCUUUCGAACUGGUUUGGGUGGCAUCAAGCAUUGGGAUCUGGCAUUUUCCUGCAAAGAAACAAAGGAGCGGGGGAGUUAUACGGAUGAUUUGAUGAGCAUGAC